AGCGUAUUGUUGUUUCUCCGAUAAUAAAAGAUGGCGGCCGGACCCGCGUAAAUUGGACACCCUGUAGAGGUUAUAAUUCUACCUUAUGUUUUCAGUGACAAACUGGGACAAACAAUCACGCUGACAGAGGAGGGACCAUGGCUUUUGAGGAGAUAAAGGACAUGGGGAUGGACGGAGAGCGAGGCCUGGUAGCGGGUCGGAGCCAGAGAGAGAAGAGGCGGUCGUAUAAAGAUCUGCUGAGAGAAGAAGAGGAGAUCGCCGCUCAGGUCAGGAAGUCUUCCAAGAAGCGGCCCAAGGAUUCAGAACUUUUCAUGCUUGGAGGAGACUCACACAAAAAGAAGAAGAAACAUAGUGAUGACUACUAUUACAGAGAGCACGAUCAUUCAGGUCCACCUCCUCAUAAGAAAAAGCACAAAUCUGCAGACCGCUCCCCGACCCUUUCCUCCCCCUCAUCCUCCCACCCUGCGGACACAGCCAUGGGCCUCCUACAGGCGAUCACUUCCCCUCUGGCCACAGGUUCAGACCCCAGCCCCCACCUUCACAAGAAACCUUCCUACCCCUCCUUCUCCUCGCACUCCUCCAAAGACCGUAAACGCGAGAGCAGCGGCGGCGGCAGCGGGAGCAAAGGCAGCCACUCCUCUCACUCCCGCCCCAUGUCGUCGUCCUCCUCCUCCUCCAAGAAGCAUUCCUCCUCUUCCUCCAAGUCGUCUCUGUUCCACGGCGGAGCUCCAAAGGAGGAGCCGUUAACGUUACGAGAGGCUGACGGGCUGAAGAUGAAGCUCAUCAUGUCGCCGGAGAAAGAGGAAGGAGAGAGCUUCCCAUUCACGCCUCAUUCUUCAAAAGGAGGCGUGAAGAAAGAGAAGGAUCGAGACAGGAUGCAGAUGUCAAAGUCGCCGAAGAAGAAGCUGCAGCAGAGUCGAGAUCCGCUGCCUGUGGUGGGGAAAGAAGUGGAGGUGGAAGGCCAUUAUGGAGGGGGCAUGGGAGACGACAGCUCCUCAUCGGGGGGCGAGCUGGAGGCCGGUGAACUGGUCAUAGAUGAUUCGUACACGCACCUGUCAAAAAAGAAGAAGAAGAGCAAAAAGAGCAAGAAGAAAAAGGACAAAGAAAAAGACAGAGACAAGGAAAAGAGCGGGAAGGACAAGAAGCACAGCAAAGGGUUUGGAGACUCAUCGAGGAGCCACAGCCACUCCCACCCCACAGUCACUCACAGCUCUGUGGGGCCGAUGUACGCCAUGGGGACGCCUGUGCCUCCACACCACCAUCAGAGCAGUGAUGGCGUACCAGAGAAGAAGAAGAAGAAAAAGGAGGAGAAGGAUCGGGACAAGCACGAGAAGGACAAAGACAAGCCGAAGAAGAAGAACACGACAGCGUAUCAGGUGUUUUGUAAGGAGUACAGAGUCAACAUUAAUGCAGAACAGCCCGGACUAGUGUUUGGUGAGCUCAGCAAAAAGCUGGCCGAGGUGUGGAAGGCAAUGCCUGAAAAAGACAAACUGGUUUGGAGGCAGAAAGCUCAGUAUCUGCAGCACAAACAGAACAAAGCUGAAGCCACCACGGUCAAACACAAGAGUGCCAGCGAGGGCAAAAGUAAAGUUGUGGGAUCGGGAACAGGGAUGGUCUCUCCAAACAGAGCGCCCGGCACGCUGUCUCUGUCUCCGGCUCGAGUCCCUGACGUCGAUCCCAUCGAUGCUGCGGCUCACUUGCAGCUCCUGGGAGAGUCGCUGUCUCUGAUUGGACACAGGCUCCAGGAAACAGAGGGGAUGGUGGCGGUGUCCGGGAGUCUCUCCGUCCUUCUGGACUCGAUCCUGUGUGCACUCGGUCCGCUGACCUGUCUCACAGCACAGAUACCAAAGCUAAAUGGAUGUCCUCGAAACGUCCUGGCAAACACGUUGGAUAACAUCGCCUACAUCAUGCCUGGACUGUGAGACAAUGAAGGAAUCAAUGUGAACGGAUCAUGAAUGGGAUGUUAAACGGAAUGAACCUUGGACUUUAAUUUAAGCCACUGCUGACGUCUGAAGACUCAAAUAUUUUUAGUGUUUUUAAAGUGUAUUUUUUUAAAGACCUGGUUUGUUUAAUUUUCUAAUUGUGAUAUUUUAUAAUGAAACAUUUUACUGAACCUUAUAAUCUCUCUCUCUUGGCACGUCUGCUCCUUCAACUGUUACUGUACGGUGUGAGUGUGAUGUCUGUUUGUAUGAGGCUGUCUACAUAUUUGAUUUUUUAUUACUGAAAUGUACAGAAACAUUUAAGGCGUUUUCUUUGGUUAUCGACUGGAUGUAAUAUAUUUGACACAUGCUUAGAUUUUCUUUUACUGUGUAAAAAGUGCUGUUUUUUACAUUUGAUAUUUUACGGUGCAGCAUUUAGACUUCUGUAGAUUUCAGAGGUGCUAGAAUUCAACUUAAAAGUUUUAAUCAGGAGCUGUAAAAACAAAAAUCACCGACGGACAUUUAACAAACAGGGCAUCAUUAAAGAAUGAUCUGUU